AUGGUCUCUACUAGGUCGACCAAACGCGCCGCCAAUCCGGCUGGCCUGGAUGGUGCAUCGAGUCCCGAAAAGAAAGUCAAGCAGUCUCAAGCAUUGCAAUCGGCUCCCCAAUCGGACCUGCACAACAUCAAGGUUGUUCUCCUAGACAUCGGUAAGCCAACCGGGGGUGCCAAGUCUGAUCCGACGCAAUUCCCGUAUGCCCUCAAAGCGCUUCCUUUAGUCUUGGAAACCCAAUGGGACUCGCCAAAUUUUGCACCGUAUCGAGACGCAUUCCCAGCCGAGCAUAGAGCUUCGCCAGCCGCUCUUGAGGCUCAUGUGAAGGAUUUGACCGAAAGAGACGUCAAGAUCGCUUACUUGAAGAACCUACAAGGCUAUCUGUGGGAGGAUGGCUACAAGACUGGUGCUUACUCUACGCCUUUGUAUCAGGAUGUCCUAGAUUUCUUCGACCGCUGGCCCUCGAAAACUUCUAGUACGAAUGGUGAUCCAGCCCAAGCUAACGAAAAGUCGGCCGGUCCCAACAUGUCCGAAGCAGGACAAGCCUCGGUUGACAAAGAUGUAAAGGCGAAUGGAGUCACCACACCAGAAGCUACUUCAGACUCGCUGAGACAGAUAGCGAUCUAUUCAUCCGGUUCGGUCUUCGCGCAGAAGCUGUUAUUUGCACACGUUCAGACUCCAUCAGAGGCCUCCACGAAGACGGGAUCAGAAACAGCUCUUGCCAAAUCGAAUUCCCCGACCCGUGAUCUCAACCCUUCUGUGACCACCUAUUACGAUACGACCAACGCUGGUCUUAAGUCCUCGGCGUCUUCGUACAGCACCAUUGCGAAGGAUCUAGAUGUCCAGCCAGCACAGAUUCUAUUUCUUAGUGAUGUGCCAGCCGAGAUCGAUGCAGCGAUCGAGGCCGGGAUGCGGGCUAUAGUGGUGGAGCGAGAAGGGAACAAGCCUUUGAGUGAGGAGGAACGGGGAAGAUACAGAAUCGUGCAAAGUCUUCAGCAUUUGGGUCUAUGA